AUGGCUCCCUCCAUCGCUGAAGCAGCGACCUCCAUCGUUCCGGUCGUGGAAAGCAAACUUUCCACGAAAUCCGAACGAGAGCCCCUCCAGCUUUCAGGUGCACUGAACAGCUACGAGUCCUUCGAUGUUACCCCCAUCAUCGGACGAGAGUUCCCAAACGCAAACCUAAAAGAUUUGCUGCGAGCGCCAAACUCGGAUGAACUCCUCCGCGAUCUCGCGAUCACCAUCUCCCAGCGCGGUGUAGUCUUCUUCCGCAAGCAAGACGACCUAGACGACAACCUCCAAAAGGAGCUCAUCCAGCGCCUGGGCGAACUCUCCGGCAAACCCAGCACCUCAGGCCUCCACAUCCACCCCGUCGCCAAUUCUGGCCGCGAGCACGGCGUGAAGGACGACGAGAUCAGCGUCAUCAGCUCGCAGGGGCGCGAGAAGCUCUACACCAGCCGCAACAAGCGCAAGCAGUCGUCCCGCCGCGAAUGGCACAGCGAUAUCACCUUCGAGCCGAUCCCGAGUGACUACACGCUUCUGCGGCUGACAGAGCUCCCCAAGACCGGCGGCGAUACGCUGUGGGCCUCCGGGUACGAAGUGUACGACCGGAUCUCGAAACCGUACCAGCAAUUUUUGGACGGGUUGACUGCGACAUAUGCGCAGCCGGAAUUCAAUGAUAUCGCGGACAGGAAUGGCUUCAAGAUCCACCCCGAAUGUGGGCGAGGUGUUGACGGCGCAGCACCCGGUUAUUCGGACGAACCCUGUGACGGGUGGAAGAGUGUUUUUGCCGUGGGAACCCAUGUUCAGAAGGUUAAUGGGUUGGCCGAUGAGGAGAGUGAGCACUUGCUGAAGUGGUUUGUGGAUCUUAUUGUCGAGAACCACGAUUUGCAGGUUCGCCACCGCUGGUUGAAUCCGAAUGACCUGGCGAUUUGGGAUAACCGGUCGGUGUACCACGCUGCGACUUGGGAUUACGAAGGGCUUGGGCCGCGGACGGGUCAUCGCGCGGUUGGACUUGGGGAGCGGCCAUAUUUUGAUCCUAAGAGCAAGAGCAGAAGAGAAGCGCUGGGACAACUGCGAGAGACUGUAUAA